AUGUCCUCAGAUCGCAUACCGAGUAUGGCAAGACAACAGCCUGUCGCCAUUGUCGGCAUGUCCUGUCGCCUUCCUGGAGGCGUCAGCAACCCCGUCGAGUUCUGGGAGUUAUGUUCGAGAGCACGAAGCGGAUUCAUGGCUGGUGCUCCCAAGGAGCGCUUCAAUCAUGAUGCUUUCUAUCACCCCAACCCCGGGAGGACGGGUGCCUAUCAUUCCCAAGGCGGAUAUUUCCUCAAUGAGGAUCCGGCUGCAUUUGAUGCCCCGUUCUUCUCACUGACUGAGAAGGAGGCUGUCGCAAUGGAUCCACAGCAGAGACUGUUAUUAGAGUGUACAUUCGAGGCUCUGGAGAGUGCCGGCAUACCAAAGCACUCGGUUGUUGGACAGCAAGUCGGAGUUUUCAUUGGCGGUAGUCUGUCCGAGUAUGAGACUCAUCUAUCGCGUGACUCGGACUCCAUGCCGAUGUAUCAGUCAACAGGUCAGUAUAACGGAGAUGACAACCUAUCAAUGCAGUCUAACAGAUUAUCACAUUUCUUCGACCUGCGAGGGCCGAGUUUCACGCUUGAUACAGCCUGCUCUUCCAGCUUAGUGGCGCUUCAUGCGGCGUGUCAAAGUAUACGGAACGGAGAAUCUUGCAUGGCUAUCACCGGCGCUUGUCACUUGAACAUGCUGCCGGAUUCCUUCAUUUCGUUCUCAACUGGCCGACUGCUAUCCGAUUCUGGCCGAUCAAUGGCCUUUGACGAGCGUGGCACCGGAUUCGGUCGAGGCGAGGGCUGCGGCAUCAUCGUCUUGAAGCCUCUUGACCAAGCUAUCAAGGACAAGGACGCUAUCCGCGCUGUCAUACUCGGGACAGGGAUAAAUCAAGAUGGCAAAACUCCCGGUAUCACGAUGCCAAAUGGCGAUGCACAAGAGAGCCUGAUCAAGCAAGUCUACGAGAGUGCAGGUCUGCAUCCACGAGAUUGCGGAUUCGUCGAGGCACACGGCACGGGCACAAAGAUAGGCGAUCCCACCGAAGCAGGUGCCAUCUAUCGUGCGUUGGGAGAGGGGCGAUCUGCCAGGGACCCGCUCUUCAUUGGGUCCAUCAAGUCGAACAUCGGUCACCUCGAAGCGGCAUCUGGCGUCGCCGCUGUCAUCAAGGCCGCGCUGAUGCUCGAGCGGAAUUUCAUCCUCCCGAAUUAUGACCUCAAGACGCCAAAUAAGAAGAUUCCGUGGAAAGAGUGGAACAUGGCGGUGCCAAAAUCUCAGCGUCCCUGGCCUAGGAACAAGAAAUACGUCAGCGUAAACAACUUCGGUUUUGGCGGCACGAACGCACAUGUCGUGCUUGGAAAGAGCCCGGCUCCUACCAAGAAGCUGCCCAUGUCCAGGCGAGCUACCAAAGACAAUUCGACCGAGAAGCCUCAGGUUGCGAGGAAACUGUUUGUUCUUUCUGGCAACGACAGACAAUCCUUGGAAGCUACAAUGGCGAGCUUGGUUGUCUACCUUGAACAAAGACCCGAAAUAUUCCAGUCUGAUCUUCUCGAACAUCUCUGCUAUACAUUGAGCAGAAAGUCUCUCCUCAAAUGGCGAGUCGCUAUCCCGGCUGGAACCUCAUUCCAGCUCAUCGAAGCACUCAACAGCAAGAACAUAAUCUCCACUCGGUCCACAACACCUGGUCAAGGCCAGCACCAAGAUCUAAAGCUUGGCUUUGUCUUCACUGGCCAGGGUGCACAGUGGCAUGCUAUGGGUCGAGAGCUAUAUGGGCCAGGUGGUUUCCCGGCAUACACAGCCUCCUUGGAUCGGGCGGACAGAUGUCUGAGAAAAUUGGGCUCCCAGUGGUCCCUGAUUGAUGAGUUGAUGCAAGAAGAUGCGAAGGCAUCGAAAGUCUCCGAGGCACACAUCAGCCAGCCUAGUUGUACAGCGGUUCAACUGUGCCUUGUUGAUCUCUUGCACUCAUGGGGGAUUCGGCCGAAAGCCGUGACAGGGCACUCAAGCGGUGAGAUCGCUGCAGCCUAUGCGGCGGGAAUUAUCACAUUCGAGUCGGCCAUGGCAAUUGCCUACCACCGAGGAAGGAUGAUUCCAGCCCUAAAGUCUGAUUUCCCUCGCCUGCAAGGUGCAAUGAUGGCGGUAGGUGGCUCGAAGGAGGAGUUUCAACCUCUCAUUGAUACCGUGAACUCAAAGCCUGAACUGGAAGAGAAGGGACAGGAGAUCCGCAUUGCCUGUUACAACAGUCCCACGAGCCUUACGAUCUCAGGCGAUGCAGAGGCUCUCACAGUUCUCGAACAAACCAUCAAGGAGACACAGCCAGCUACCUUCAACAGACGACUUCAGGUGGACGUGGCCUAUCACUCACACCACAUGAAUCUUGUGGCCAAGGAGUACAAAUCCGCUUUACAGUCCCUCCCUAUACCCAGACCAAGCCGGGUAGCGAAGUUCUACUCUUCACUCUACGGCCAUCUUAUUGAUGGUUCCGGAUGUGACGAAAAUUAUUGGGUCGAUAAUUUGACUCGUCCGGUACGGUUCAGCCAAGCACUCGAAGCUAUGAACAGGGACUCUAUGGAAAAAGAGGCAUCUGUGAGCAUGCUUGUUGAAAUGGGCCCGCAUUCCGCCCUCCAAGGCCCAGUCAAGCAAAUUCUCCAAGCUGCAGGCCACUCAAAAGACAUUGCCUAUAGCUCAGUCUUGGUCCGCAACCGCAACGCUAUUGAGACAGCCCUUCAGCUUGCUGGCGCCAUUACCACCAAUGGAGGCCUGUUGCACAUAGAUGCUGUCAACUCUCCCGCCGAUAGCGGAGUCGAUCGACCUACAUUACUGACUGACCUACCGAGGUAUUCAUGGAACCAUAAAACGAGGUACUGGCACGAAUCACGCCUGUCGCGAAUGCAUAACCACCGAGGCUCGAAGUGUCAUCGGAGUGAGCUGAUCGGCCUCGAGGCCAUCUACUCAACAAGCACGGACCCCAUAUGGCGCAAUGUCAUCUCUCUGGACGAUCUACCAUGGAUAAGACAUCAUCGCAUUCAGGGGACGGUUGUGUUUCCUCUCGCGGGAUUCGUUUCCAUGGGGGUUGUGGCCGUUGUACAGAAGACGGUCGAUCAAAAGCACGCGAACAAUAUGGUGGAACUCAAGGAUGUUGAGGUGCUCAAGCCGCUUGUUUUCUCAUCAGAUGUGGUUGACGGAAAUGGCAGCAUCGAGAUGAGUACCUCACUCCACCGACGCUGUGACCCAAUUUCGGGCGAGGAAUGGCAUGAGUUCAGGAUAUCCUCCUGGUCUGUCAACACAGAAUGGACCCAGCAUUGUGUCGGACUGGUGAGAACGGCACAGCAAGACACAGCGGCGAGCCAUGCUCAACAGAACCUGAUCAAUGAAGCAACAGCUUCUACCCAAGAACAGAAUGCUGCUCACAUCGACGGUGAAGGUAUAGCGGCCUUCUACUCAAAGUUGUCUGAAAAUCUUGGUGUCGAAUAUGGUCCCUCCUUCCAGUGCAUGCGGGAUUGCACAAGUGCUGGUGACUUUUCUGUCGGAACAGUCUGCCAACCCGCAGGUUCGGAAGACCAGCGGAACCCCAGCACACCUGUGCUGCAUCCGACCAUACUCGAGUCCAUCAUUGACACGUACUGGCCAAUUCUGUUCGGCGAUCGCAUGGCAGAGACGAACGACACAGUCUACCUUCCAUCAUCAAUAGGACGCCUGACCAUCGCUCUCAACACCACAGGCGAGACAACUGCAAACGAUUUGCGGACCUAUUCUAUGGCCAAAUUUGAUGGUCAGGCCCCUCAAGCAACGAGUGUGAGCAUACUCGCGACGGCACCGCAGGAGAUUACAGGUUCUCUCUACCCGGUUGUCUCUAUUGAUGGGCUGGUCGUUUCGCCCAUGUUGGACAACAGCCUGUCAAGAGCUGACGAUGAUGGUGACAGUGCUCGUCAGCUCUGCUACAAAUACGAGUGGGAACCCCUUGAGAACCAGGACACACCGGCACCAACAGCACUCGCACCUGGUGUCAUCAUCUCGGGCGAGGAUGGCACAUUGUCACAUUCGUUCGCAAGUGAAUUGGUCAAAGUCCUCGAGAAGAACGUCUUUUCGGCCCGUCCUAGCAUUGAGCCGGGGCUCUUCGAAGGAGCCACGGCACACACUUCCGAGCACGUCAAGGCAGUCAUGUCCGACAAAACCUGCAUCGUCCUCACAGAGAUCGACCAGCCCUUCCUUGUCAACCCCACGGAGUCUCAGUUCAAUGCUGUCAAGGCCCUUGCUGAUAGCGCCAGCCGGAUCUUGUGGGUGACUGGCGGAUCAUAUAUCGAUUGUACCUCUCCCAGCUCCAAUAUAAUCAGUGGUCUAAGCAGGACCAUUCGUGCCGAGACGAUGACUCCAUUCGCACACUUGGACAUCCAGGGGUCCCCAAGCAACACCAUCAAUCCUGAAGAAGUCUCGGAGAUUAUCUCCAACGUGACUCUGAGCGCAUUCGGCAUCUCAAACAAGAAGGAGAACGAUAUGGAGUUCGUUUACAGGUCUGGUAAAAUCAUGGUUCCUCGAGUCGUCAACGAUGACAACAUGGAUCAGCUUGUUCAGCAGUUCACCAACCCUCAAGCUUUGACAGAGCAGUCCUACGCUGAAGGAACAUCUGGGAGCCGAGCGCUGAAAUUGCAGUUUGAGAUGACCAAGUCUUGUUACACCACUCGCGGCUCUGGUGCCAACAAGACCAUUCAAGGUGUCCAUAUGAUCGAGGAUACCUCGGCAAAAGCUGUACCACUUGCAGAUGACGAGGUUGAGUUCGAGGUCAAAGCCGUUGCUGCAAACAGACACGACGCAUUUGCGGCACAGUCAGAAGCUCCGUCCACUCUGGCUGGCCUUGAGGCGUCCGGGAUAGUGAUCAGACUCGGAAGCGCAGUGACUGAUCCUGCGAUCCAAAUAGGUCGUCCCAUCGCCUGUCUGACCACUGCCGUGGACAAAAAGUCCCACGGUGCUUUUGCAAGUCUCGCGCGCGCCUCGGCCUGCAUGACCAUCCCUCUCUCCUCGGAAACAGUGUCAACAAUGUCAUUCGAGCAGGCUGCCACUUUGCCAUUAGCAUACUAUACAGCUUACUACAGCCUCAUGGACCAGGCACGUUUGGAACCAGGCCAAAGCGUGCUUAUUACUCAUGGUUCAGACCCCAUUGGACAGGCCGCCAUCUGCCUUGCGCUUCGGGCUGAGGCGGUCGUUUAUGCUAUCGUUGAGACUGUGGAGGAGAGAGAAAAGAUUCUCAGCCAGUACUCCGGAUCCAUCGCUGAAGACCAUGUUUUUGUACCUUACGGGAGCAAGAAUAUUUCCAGUGACUCUUCGGGUCAUGAGAUAUACAACGCCCUCAUGGCGACAACGCACAAGACUGGAGUUGACGUGAUCUUGGAUUCGAACACAUCUAGAAGCCGCGAGCAGUCACACUUAAGCAAGCUUUGGAGGUCGUGUGUGUCCGAUUUUGGCUGCCUCAAACAUCUCAGGUUCGAAGACAUACAACCAUCGUCCUUCCUCGACAAUCUCAAGAUGCCCCGGAACACUUCUCACAUCACCAUCGAUAUGCUCUCCUUGGGAUAUAGAAGACCCCAGGUUCUUGCACGCGUUGUUGCCAAGACAGCAAAACUCCUCCAACAGGGCAAGAUCCAGCCGAUCCAUGGCGUGACUGCCGUGCCUUUCUCGCAAGCGCAUGAGGCUCUCAACAGACUUGCGAAAGGUGAAGGUAGCUCAAAGACAGUUCUCGUGCCCACAGCCGACGACACGAUCAGAGCGCCGCCACGGCACGAUCCAACGCGCAGCAAGCUCCUUCAAUCCGAUGCCACUUACAUUAUCGUGGGUGGCACGGGCGGCUUAGGGCGGAGCAUGGCCAAAUGGAUGAUUAACCAUGGUGCAGGUCAUCUCGUGCUGCUAUCAAGAGCCGGCAAGAUGACACCAGCAGUAGAGGAACUCUCGGAAGAGGCGCAGGCAGUCGGUGCUCGCGUUCAUGUUCGGCAAUGCGACGUUACUGACGAGUCCAGCUUGACGUCGCUUCUGAGUUGGAUCAGCACCGAUGCUGCACUUCCACCAGUCAGGGGCGUCAUACACAGCGCCAUGGUCCUUCGCGAUGUUCUGUUUGAGAAGAUGACCCAUGAAGAGUACAUGACGGUCAUCGACUCCAAAGUGAAAGGUGCUUGGAAUCUACACAAAACCUUGGAUGGAGUAGAAGGCACCGAGUCCCCGACUACAAAUCAGCUGGACUUCUUCGUUGUCAUGUCUUCGGUGUCCGCUGUUGUCGGAAAUCGAGGCCAGGCCGCAUACGCAGCUGCCAACACUUUCAUGGACGGCCUUGUCCAGCACCGUCUGUCGAGAGGUCUGCCAGCAACAUCACUUGCUCUGGCCGCCGUGUCCGAUGCUGGCUAUCUCGCCGACUCUGAAGGCGGCGCUGAGCGAGCAGCUGAUGUUCUCCGAAACCUGGGAGGUGAGGUCGACAAUACGAUCUGCGAUUCCGAGGUGCUAGCGCUACUGCAAGCGGCCGUGACAGGACAGACGGCUUCUUGUCAGCACCAUGUCAUCACCGGAGUAGGCGUUAGCAAUGGCGGCGGAGGGAAAACAAAACCCAAGUCCUUACCUUUCUGGGCGCAUGAUAGCAAGUUUUCUCAUCUGUAUGUUCCAACAGAUGCAGAAGACGAGGCCGGAAAAGACGUCAUCUGUUCGCUGAGCCCUUCCCUCAGCCAGGCAGAGGCCGAGAACGUGGUCAGCCGCGGGCUUGUGGCGAAGAUCGCACAAGUGCUCAUGAUGGAAGCCGAAGAUCUUGAUGUGACGAGGAGCCUGACGCACUAUCCUCUCGACUCCCUGACGGCCAUCGAGAUCCGUAACUUCAUUGCACGGGAAUACGAGGCGAGCAUGCAGGUGCUUGAGCUGCUGAGCAGCGGGAGCAUUGAGACCUUGAGCAGCGCUGUCUGUAAGAAGUCAAAGCUCUGCCAGGUUUCGUCGUAG